ACACAGAGUUAUUCUUUGGGUAUUUAUCAUGCAAAAACAGUGAAUAAAGAAUAUAUACCAAAUAGGUAGUAUACGCCUUCAUUGGUUGUACAUACAAUACAACCAAACGACUUGAUCGACUUGAAGUGUCACGCUAGUAUUAUUAAGUAAUGGAAAAACAAAUACUAAACAAAUACUGAGUGGAUCUUAAUCAAUAACGAAUAACAAUGAUUCUUAUUCAUUACGUUGCGGUAAUAAAAGGUUAGUUAAUAUUAUAAAUCAAAACUGUCACCUCUCUGUGUGUUUAGACAUAUAUAAUGUAAUAUACCAUUCGCAAAUAAUACUUUUAAACCACUUAAUAACAUACACUGUCAUAAAUGAUGCACAAAAAUUAAUAUGUGAAAAUAACACUGUGUUACCAGGAUUAUUAUUCGAUAUCAAGGAUUAUCAUUUAGGCAACUAGCAGACAUGGAUUACAUAGGGAUUAUGUUGAUCUUAGUUCAACUUGUUGGGUACAAGCAGGUCAUACAUGCAAAUUUCAUUGACCAAUUGCGACAGGCUAAAUAUGGAUCGGUGAAUAAUAAUCAAAUCGAUAAAAUAGUCCUUAGGCCCGAGGCGGGGCUUAGUGGAGGUAUCGUCCCAAAAGAGCAACCUGUAAUACCGGCAGGAUUAAAAGAGAAUGAUACACCUCAGAAUACAGUGUGUGCGGAUAUUGUUUUUGCCAAUGAUGCAUCUUGCUCGUUGAACAACAAGGUACAAACCGAUCAAGUGGACCUUAUAGUCACUAUAGCGAGUACAUUAAACCUAGAUGAAGGUAAAGUUAGAGUAGGAGCGUUUUCCUAUGGCCAAUAUGUCGAUAAUGAAACAAAAACUGAGUAUCUACCUGGAGCGAGCAGAUCUACUAUUCUGGCUGGAUUAAAUAAUAUCGCAAGAAACUUAGAUCGCUGUAGGACUAUACCGUAUAGGGCAAUGAGUGAGUCGAUGAGUUACUUUAAAGGAAAAAAUGAUCGAGAUGACAAAUUGUACAAAGAUGUCCUUAUCUUUAUAGGAGAUGGCUGGACGUCACCAAUACGUACUCGGAAGCAUAACGCAGUUGAGGCAAGGAAACUGAGGAAAGCAGGGGUCGAUAUUUUAUGGAUAAAAACACCAGCUAAAAACGGAUUAGACGAAAUUAAGACAAUAAAAAAUAACGGUACGGCAUUUGAUGUUGAGAUUCUUCCCAUUGUUAAGAAUAUGGAUAAAAUAUUCAACUACGAGUCGGGUGACAGUGAAAUUGUGGUAAAACAGGUUACCGAUUAUUUAGCUUCUCGUUAUUAUUGUCAAGGUGGUGAGCAGUGAAAUAGAUAAGAUAUAUUUUAUUUCAUUUAGAAUUUAAAAAGAAAUAAAUUCAAAGUGUCUAAUUGUAUGUACGUGGCAUUCAUUUUUUAAACCCGAAAAUUUAGGCCAAAUAUAAUUAGAGAAUUAACACUCGACAAAACCUUUUGAAUGUAACAUUAAUUUGUUUCCAAUGCCUCGAUCCCUUUAAUCUACGGCAACAGAACCGCGGUCGAAGCUUCUCCAAAUCGAGAGGAAUAUGCAGCAU